CCCGGGGCCGGGCAGAGCCUCCGCCCAGCCCAGCCCAGCCGUGCGUGGCGAAUACUUCAUCUCCCAGCACCUCCUGCGGCGCGUGGCCGGGGCAGCGAGCUCUUCCUGGCUGCAGCCCGGGGCGGGGAGAGAAGACGAGCCCGGGCCCCACGUGGGUAGAAGGGAAGCCGGGCCAGAGCCGCCAUCCCCUGGCCUCCUCGGUGCAUCUUUAGCCUGGGCGAGCCCGGGCCGGAGCAUGGCUGAGGAGGUGCACGGGAAGUUGGGGCACGUUAUGGCCAACCCAGCAGCUAAACUGCUCUCUCUGAGCGGGCUCUUUGCUGUGUAUAAACCCAAAGGGCCCACGUCUGCUAACGUGCUCAACCAGCUGAAGGAGAAGCUGCUGGCAGAAGCUGGUAUACAAAAGUGUGUAAGAAAAAGGAAAAAACAGAUUUUGAAGAUUGGACAUGGUGGGACUCUAGAUAGUGCGGCUGCAGGAGUUCUGGUGGUCGGUAUUGGAAAAGGAACUAAAAUGCUGGGCAAUAUUUUGGCAGGUUCCAAGAAGUACUUGGCCAUUGGGGAACUGGGAAAAGCUACUGAUACAUUAGAUGCUACAGGAAAAGUAACCGAAGAAAAGCCUUAUGAUCAGAUAACAAAAGAAGAUCUUGAACGUGUGCUGCAAAAGUUCACAGGGGACAUAAUGCAAGUUCCUCCACUCUAUUCUGCUCUGAAGAGAGAUGGACAAAGGCUGUCAUCUCUGAUGAAGAAAGGAGAAGCAGUGGAAGCAAAGCCUGCUAGGCCGGUUACGGUGUACAGCCUCUCUCUCCAAAACUUCCAGUCACCACUGUUCACGCUGGAUGUUGAAUGUGGAGGUGGCUUUUAUGUGAGAAGUCUGGUCAGUGACAUUGGAAAAGAACUCUCUUCCUGUGCCAAUGUGCAAGAGCUGACCCGGACCAAACAAGGACCAUUUACACUAGAGGAGCAUGCACUUCAUGAAGACAAAUGGACAAUUGAUGAAAUUGCACAGUCCUUGGAGCAUUGCAUGUCUUUUCUUGCAGUAGAGCCCUCUCUUAAAAAAUUAAAGACUGAACAUUCUGAAGAAUCCACUGUGAAUUGUGAAGAUAAGUGAUGUCAGGUCAAGGAAAAAGACUGAACGAUUGAGACCUCUUAAGAUUGGAGUGGGAUUGUCUUGCCUUGGUGUGUAAAUUUACAACCUUGUGCAUUGAGAAUGACAAAUUGCAAGGCAAAGAAAAUGAUCCCUUUCUAUCUUUUUCUGGUGUUAAGCUACAUGCACGCGCACACACAGUGUCCAGCAUUUAUUAUUCCCUCACUCAUAUUCUGCACUGCACACUGUAAACGGGUCUGUCACUACUGUAAACUCCUCAUUGUACUCUUGAAAGACCUUGCAAGAUACAUUUCUGAUACUACCUUUGCAAUAAAAACUUUGUUUAAAUUUUGCAAAGUGUUCCUGGAAGGGGGAAAAUAAUUCAUUUUCUUUCUGUAGCUGUUACUCAAAAUCAGAUAUUGGAAAAUGGAAACCGAAUUCCAUGCCAAUUUGAAAGAUGCAAAAAUGUGGAAUGGCACUUUUAUUUUGGGUUCUUAUGAGAUUUCUUGAAGUGUAGUCCUUAUUACAUGGAUUGGUCGGUCAGUGGAAUUUCACUGAGGGGCUGGUCAGCAUUGCCCUGAAUGAGUUGUAAUAUAAUAAAUACCAUGAGGAUUUCAGUUUAGCUGAACUGCUUAUGUAUAUAAACAGUAAGAAACGCAAUAUUGUCACUGACUCUCUCUCUGCAUACAGAUGCGCAUAGCUUCAUAUUGGUAAAAUGUCAUAAUUUCUGUCUGCAAAUAAAUUGAGAUUAUAGUUA